AUUUUUAUGAGUUUUGAUAUGAUCCUAAUCUGUGUCAGAACGGUAAAUGUGACAAUGUUGCUGGCUCAUUUGCGUGCCGUUAACGGGGAAAGUAUUAAUGUAGAUGGAACAUAUGAUUGCCGCUGCCGAGAUGGUUUUACAGGUAAUGGUAAAACUUGUCGAGAUGUCAAUGAAUGCCUCACUAACAAUGGUGGUUGUGACCGUGAUGCACAGUGUAUCAACACUGAUGGAUCCUUCAAGUGUGUCUGUGAUGCUGGCUUCCUAGGAGAUGGAUUCUUCUGUGAAGACAUAGAUGAAUGCACGCAAGAUCCUACACUAUGUGAAAAUGGACAGUGCCUCAACUAUCCUGGAUCAUUCCAGUGUGACUGUGAAAUGGGUUUCAUGCAUCCAGAUCAACACACAAAGCAGUCCUGUGUGGAUAUUGAUGAAUGUGAUAUGUUCAGCAAUCUUUUGUAUAUUGAUGAGUGUGACAACCCAGAUAUAUGUCAGUUUGGUACUUGCGUCAAUCAACAAGGUACCCAUGUUUGCGAAUGUCCACCAAAUUAUGAACUGAUAAGCACAGGAGAUGGUUUGGGUUUGAUCGACGUGGGGGGUGAAUGUUACCUGGAGGUUGUAAAUGUCGAGGUGGUCGGGGUAUAUGCCGUGAACCCUUAG